AUGAUUCGACAAGCUCCAGUGUCAAAGCCAACACUGUCUCAGACAUGUUUGUCACCAGAACAGAUGAAGAUCAGCUGCUUCUCUGAGGGAGAUGGAGUACAAUUAAUUUUGAGUUUGGAUGGUCAGAUAAUGGAACAAACUAGACCCAAGAAAACAGACAAACACAACGUUUUAAACAUUGCCAUCAGCUUACGUGGUCAGCUGAUGGGAAACUUGACAUGUAUUGUUCAAAACAAUGUCAGCAGAGAACAAAGAGUCAUCCGCCUUAGAAACUGUACAGCUCCCGUGUCAAAACCAGCUGUAUCUCAGAUGUGUUUGUCACCAGAACAAAGGAAAGUCAGCUGCUCCUCUGAAGGAGAUGACGUAGCGUUCAUCUUCUUAUUAGAUGAUAACUUGUUGAUAAAAACCCAAUCCAACAUUUCAGAAAACCACAACAUUUCAAAUGUUACAAUCAGCUUACAUGAUCAACUGCUGGGAAAGCUAAUGUGUAUUGUCCAAAACAAUAUAAGCAGACAACAAACCAUCAUCCACCUUAUAAGAUUUGCAGGUAAUAUUUCUGACCACUGUGUUGUGACUGUGGCUGUGGUAGGAAGCAUUGCCAUUCUACUCAUUCUGGCUGUGUUUCUUGGUAUCUGGAAAUUCCAAAAGACUGGCAUUAUGACUGUUAAUGAAGGACCUGAAUGGCUUGCUGGCUUGGAACAAUAUCGGGCCCCCUGA